AUGAAAACACCUCGUCAUGUAAAUGUUAAGAAAUUAGAGAAAGCAGGUGGCGAGUAUUAUCAUUUUGGAUUAUUGAAAGCCAUUCAAAACGCCCUAGAACGAACUCGAGAGAAAGUCACGAACAUUGCCAUGGUAACGGGCAUUAAUGGUCUACCACUGUUUAAGAGUAGUGGCGUACAUUUCACUCCCAUUCUCGGGAAAAUAAUUUUAAUUCCGGAUCUGCGCCAUCACGUUUUCCCAAUUGCUAUUCAUUGUGGAGAUACUGAUAAACCGCAGGACGCGGAGGAAUUCUUGAGUCCAUUCAUUGAUGAGGUUACAGAUCUGAUUAAAAAUGGAGUAAAGUUUAAAGGCAAUGUAUACAACUUUAUUUUGAAAGGUUUUAGUUGCGACUGCCCUGCAAAAUCUUUUGUGUUAUCUUCUAUUGCCAGUAAUGGCAAAUAUGGUUGUACCAAAUGCGUUCAAGAAGGUGAAUGGUCUCAUCUUUGUCGAAGGACUUUCUUCCCAAAAGUUGAUGCACGUUUGAAAACGCAUGAAGAUUUUAUUAACAAAACUGUUCCUCAAUUUCACCUGGGUGACUCGCCUUUGCUUAGAAUACCUGGUAUAGACUUUAUUAAUGACUUUCCUCUUGACUACCUUCAUCUAGUCUGCGUUGGCGUAGUGAAGACGCUUGUUAAGUUAUGG